GUUUAUUCAUGAGGCCGCCAGGCUAGCAUCUUCGUACUACCGAGAGAAGGAAUGGCAUUUUCCAAAACAAAGGCAAGUCGCCUUAAAUGCACGGAUUUUAGUCGAAAAGGUGAAAUAGAUCAGUUUAUAAUUAGCCUUGUGGAAAUCAUCAAUAACCAUGACAGUUAUUUCACGACAAGUUCUUGUUCUGGACGGAUAAUCUUGUUUUCAGAGAGUCUUGAUGAAUAUAGUGUUAGGAAAAAAGGUUGUCGGUGGCUCUUUGUGUCUCAUGAAUCGGCUUCAACUGCAGACAUUAUUUCAGCUCUAGAUCUAGAAGAAACAAAGGGAGAGGCUGUUUUCAAGUUUGAGCCAUUCGUUCUUCAUGUCCAAUGUGAAACAACAGAACAUGCCAGAAAGAUGCAUCAAGCAGCAGUGGCAUCUGGCUUCAGAAAUUCAGGAAUCACAAUUGGAAAUGGAGGAAAGAUUAUGGCAGCAAUCCGCAGUACUCAUGGUUUGGAGGUGCCUCUCACAAAGGAAGGUAGACUGCUAGUUUCUGAGGAUUACAUAGACUUUAUUGUUAGCCUUGCCAACUCAAAGAUGAAGGAAAACUUCAACAGGAUCGAGAAAUUCCAAGAUACCCUCCAAGCCAUGUUCAGAGAGGAAAAGCAAAACGAAGCUGAUCCCAAUUCAAGGAAAAACAAACAUGGAAGAAGAUUAAAUGAGCGUCAUCCAGUCAAACACAAACUCACCCAGACAGAUACCAGUGACACUGAGAAAGACUUGGAUGUUAGUCAGAGUGAUGUUUAUGAGAAUACCAAGAGCUUUACAAACAAGGAAUGUUAUAGUAUAGACUCAAGGAACACUGGGGAUAGUGAAAGUGACUGCAAUGUAAUGACAGACCUGCAGGGUUUUGCUUUCCUCUUUAAGGAUUCAGACGAGAAAACAUGACGAUGAAGAAGACCUCAAGUGUAUGCAGGGGAAACAGAUUCCGUACGUGUUCAGAAUAUUAUGUAUGUUUUUAAAGCUAAAGUUUCAGUAUUAUGCCACAUGAUCUUUAUGGCCAGUAAUAUUCCGGUGUGCACCCGAUAAACACAUUUAAUUAUUAUUUAUUCCCCAACCAAGUUUCGCAAUAAAAAAAGUGAAUUUGAUUGUUUGGAUUUUUCAAAAUCAUUUUUUAUUUUAUCAAUUUUUUUAUUAAAUUUUUAACAUUGGAGGUAAUUCAUAUUUCAGUUUCAAUGGAAAUGCAUAACAUAUAUUUUUCAAUUAUACUAUGUUUGAAACUAAUGCUUGUUUUUGUAUCAGGUAAUUCAAAUAUCCUAAAAGCACCUAAAUUACUUUUUCAAAGUAUGUCAAGUGUAGCAUUCAAAUGUAUUUGUUAUAAUAAAUCAACAAACAAUAAAUGUGAAAACUUGA